AUGUUGACUCAAAAAGAAAGAGAUGAGAUUGCGGACUGUUACAAAAUGACUAUGAGCACCAAGGAAGUUGAGAGAAGGACCGGUCACAGUAGAAAUACUGUUAGAAGAGUUAUCAGAAACGUGCCUACAAAGCAGGUUGGACGUCCAGAAAAGAUUGACGCUGCUACUUUUCGCAGAAUCCGACGGUUUGUAGAGAAGGAAGUUCGUGCUGGACAUAAGGUAACGGCAAAAAUAAUCAAGGAGAACUUAAAUCUGGGGGUAACUCGCCGGACAAUUAACAUUGCGUUGAAGAAAAAUGGCAUUACUUACGAAAUAGUUAAAAGAAGACUUCCGUUGAGCCCUUCUCAUUUGGUUUGUCGCAUGAACUUUGCGAAAAAGCACCUUGACCUGAAGACCGAUUUCAGUAAGUGGAUUUUUACGGACGAAAAGAAGUUUUCUUUUCAUGGUCCUGACAAUAUGGCCAGCUACGGUACUCCCAAUGCACGCUUAAAGCGGAUCAAGCGUCAGGUGGGCGGAGGGUGUAAUGGUACUAGGUGCUAUUUGCAGUAA